ACGCUAAACGUAAGCAACAGUAUCGAGCAGCGCGCGGACCGCGCAAGCUCGUGCACAAAGCGCUUCACAAGAGCAGCAAAUUUUUAGCUGCUGUACCGGGCCUCGCAGCGCAUUUACCAUCUAGCUGACAGGGCCAUGAUUUCGAUUCAAGACAGCCGCAUAUUGUCAAUCCAGAGUCACGUCGUUUCUGGAUACGUAGGAAACAAAUGCAUCGCUUUCCCGUUACAGAUCUUGGGAUUCGACGUCGACACGGUGGACACGGUGCAGUUUUCCAACCACACGGGCUACCCAGUCUGGAAAGGCCAGGUGACCGACACUGACGACUUCGAGUCAAUGCUGAGUAAUCUCGACACGUCUGUCUACUCGCACGUCAUGACGGGCUACAUUUCGUCGGAAGCGCUGCUUGAGCGUGUACGCGACCUCGUCGCCGAAAUGAAGAAAGCUAAUCCCGAAGUGGUCUAUGUGUGCGAUCCUGUAAUGGGAGACCACGGUUUCCUUUACGUCCCUGCCGAGUUGGUGCCCAUCUACAAGAGAGAUCUACUCCCGAUGGCCGACAUUGUGACGCCAAAUCAGUUCGAAAGUGAGCUGUUAACUGGCAUCACGAUCCGUGACGAAGGGGCAGCGCUCGACGCUAUGGAAGCACUGCACGUAAUGGGCGCCACAUCGGUCGUUAUUACGUCGACUACGGUGGACAACAACGCCAACACACUGGUAGUGUUCGCCAGUAAGCGCACCGGGGACCGGAUGACUUCGCUGCGAGUAGACGUGCCGCGCAUAGACGCUCACUUCUGCGGAACAGGCGACCUAUUCGCAGCCAUCCUAGUCGGCUGGAUGACCAAGUCGAACAACAACUUGCGCGUGUCUGUCGAGAAGACAGUGUCUACCAUACAAGCAGUGCUAAAGAAGACUUACAGACAUGCCCAGAACAUGCAUGCAGAGUCAGAGCUCAAGUAUACCAACCACGAAUUGGAGCUACGGCUUGUCCAGAGCAAAGACGAGAUAGAGGAGCCACCACAGAACUUCAAAUCCGUGGCCCUCACCUAAAUUUAUGCAACACCACAUUUCCGCUGCUUUGCAGAAGUCGGCCAACGGGACAAAGUGAGCCAAUAAACAUGUCACCCAUUA